AUGGCUUUAAAGGAGAAUCAGCUGACGGUCCCGUUGCUGACCUCCAUUGUGGCAGCGGUGCUCGGCUCCCUCCAGAUAGGAUACCACACAGGCAACAUCAAUGCUCCUGCCCGAGUCAUUGAGGAGUUUUUCAACACAACAUGGAGAUCCAGGCACAAUCAAUCAAUACCAGACCACAGUCUCACAUUCCUUUGGUCCCUCUCUGUUAGUAUUAAGGACUUUGGAGCACUGCUUGGUUCACUGGGGGUCAAAGGUCUUGCUGACACCUUUGGGAGGCGUAAUGCUAUUCUGAUAGUGAAUGCCUUAUCUGUGGUGGGUGCCUCUUUGAUGUUUAUGAGCAAAGCCACGGCAUCAUUUGAAGUGCUUAUUUUGGGUCGUCUGAUCUUUGGCUUGUUCUGCGGCCUGGUGAUGAGCCUGAACCCUCUGUACAUCCAAGGUGUCUCGCCUACAAACCUCCGCGGUGCCUUUGCAACUCUGAACCAGGUCUCCUUCGCCUCAGGCAUUCUGCUGGGCAUGGUGGUGGGCUUGGAAUCGGUACUGGGCACGGAGAAAUACUGGUCCCUAAUGUUGUCUCUAUCCCUUAUUCCUGCAACGCUCCAGUAUAUGAGCCUUCCUUUUUGCCCAGAGAGCCCACGCUACCUCUUCAUCAACAGGGGCAAAGAAAAAGAAGCAGAGGCGGCCCUGAGAAGACUUCGGGGAAAUCCAGAAAUGGUGAUGAAAGAAAUGGAGGAGAUGAGAGAAGAAGCAGCCCAUAGUGAAACAGGAGUGACUGUGAGAGAAUUCUUUAGGAAGCGACGCUACAGGCAGCCCAUAAUACUUGUGCUUAUCAUAAACCUGGGCAGCCAGUUAUCUGGAUUCAAUGCGAUCAUAAAUUACUCUACUAAAAUGUUUGCCCAGUCCAAUUUUGAUGAAGCAAAAUAUCUGACACUAGGGGUGGGAGCCGUCAAUGUGGCAUUCACCAUAGUAGCAUUCUUUUUGGUGGAGAGAGCAGGGCGCAGGAAAUUGUUGCUUGCUGGAUUUCUCUCACUAGCGCUCUGCAACCUACUUAUGACCAUCACAUAUUCCAUACUUCCCAUAAUUCCAGACAUCCGUAAUAUUCAGGUGUUGGUGAUUUUCUUCCUGAUCUCAGCUUAUGAAGUGGGGCCUGGACCAAUCUCUUGGUUCAUUGCUGCUGAGCUUUUUGACCAGUCGGCCCGUCCCAUUGCUAUGGCCUUCACUAGCAUGCUUAACUGGGGAGGGAAGUUUUUACUAGCACUGCUCUUUCCACCUCUUCUGAAAAUGUGUGGGGCCUAUGUCUACCUCCUCUUCAUGUGCAUGGCCUUGAUUGCCUUCACCUACACCAUGUUUCGUCUUCCUGAGACCAAGGGACGCACUUUUGAUGACAUUGCGGCUGAGUUCCGUGGGGCCGAGGGCAUUCCACUACAUAACAAGACCACAUUUAACACGUUUACCUGAUCACUGUCAGCUUUAGAGUUAACAAGACCUUUAAACAGUGAA